AUGGCAGCCACACCUGGUCUCCAGCCUCCACCACCGCUGGAGCAAGACGAGAUCCUGAUCGUGAAGGUGGAGGAGGAUUUCUGCUGGGAAGAGGAGCCCUCCCUGGAGUCGGAAGACCCCAGCCCUGAGACCUUUCGCCAGCUCUUCAGGCUCUUUUGUUACCAGGAGGUGGCCGGGCCCCGGGAGGCCCUGAGCCGCCUCUGGGAGCUCUGCUGCCGCUGGCUGCGGCCUGAACUGCGCACCAAGGAGCAGAUCCUGGAGCUGCUGGUGCUGGAGCAGUUCCUGAUGGUGCUGCCAGGGGAGAUCCAGGCCCGGGUGCGGGAGCAACAGCCGGAGAGUGGUGAGGAGGCCGUGGUCCUCGUGGAAGGGCUGCAGCGGGAGCCCAGGAAACAGAGGCAGCGGGUGAGGUGGGGGGCAAUUUGGCCUUGA